UUUCAUCCUUGUUUUCUCCGUUGGCGCUGGCCUACUGGCCCCUGACUCUGCGGGGCAGUAGGGAAGAUUCCAUAAAGUCAUAAACUAUUUGAAUGCUCUCCAAAAUCGUAUUUGAGAACUGGGCUUGUUUGAUUAAUGGGCGAUGCUAUUCGCUUUUCUUGUCCAAAUUGCACAGGUGAGUUAUGAUUUUUGUGGCAGAAACUUCAAGUUUUAGCUUCAUUCCAUCAUGUCCAACAAACGGUCGCCGUCCUAACUCGCGCCAGAUGGUCACAUUAAACCGAGUUUCAAAUCAGAGAGCAUCUGACUUUGCCUCGGUAACUCGAGAUGAUAGGAGAAAGUGCGAGCUUUUUGAUUUGUGCAAAAGGCUAGUGCCAUAUAAGGAUGCAUGGAAUUGGCAAAAAGACAUUGUUAGAGAGAAAAGGACAUUGAUCGAAAAGAAGGAAGAGUGCCCAGAUACGCUGAUCGUUUUACAGCAUCAUCCUCUGUAUACAUUGGGUACCGGUAGUUCUACAGGGUACCUGAAUUUUGAUGUAGAAGAUGCUCCUUAUGAGGUUUAUCGAACUGAAAGAGGAGGAGAGGUUACCUAUCAUGGGCCGGGCCAGCUAGUUAUGUACCCAAUUAUCAAUCUUCGAAAUCACAAGAUGGAUCUUCAUUGGUACCUCAGGGCACUUGAGGAAGUGGUCAUUCGUGUUCUUUCCUCAACCUUCUCUAUUGAGGCUUCACGCGUUGAUGGUUUAACUGGAGUUUGGGUUGGGGAUCAGAAAUUGGCAGCAAUUGGGAUAAAAGUUUCUCACUGGAUAACUUAUCAUGGUUUGGCACUCAAUGUCACCACAGACCUGAAACCUUUUGAUUGGAUAGUCCCAUGUGGGAUUUGGAACAAAAAGGUUGGAAGCAUUAAGGGGUUGCUACAAGAAGUCAGAUUGUGUAAUGGAUGUGAUGAUGUAGAUAUGCAUCAAUUUGAUGAUAUCCAGCUGAUUGAUAUGACUUACAAAUCAUUGAUCAGGGAAUUUUCUGAAGUUUUUCAGCUUAAGAUUGUCAUAAAACAAUUUGGGGUUUUUGGAGAAAAAACAAGAAAAGAUAACUAAUGGGUGAGUAUUUAACUGGGAUAUUGUCUGAAACAUUUGUGCAAAAAGGAACACGCUAGUUAAUGUGAUAUCCUUCAGCAUUCUUAAGAUCUUCAUAACCCAAGGAAUCAUUCUGCUAACCUGUGGCAGAAUCUUCAAACCUUUUGCAUUUUAGAUGUAGUCACACUGUAAUUUUGAUUUUAUUGUAAUGUACCCUAUUCUGACCAUCAAAAUUUGAGAAUGGCAUAGUUCUGUUGAAGACAUAAAGU